CACGCAACCACGAAAUGGCGACGAAUCGUGUUGUUAGGUUUUUGCUUUUGCUUUCCUGUUUGUGCGCCUCUAUUUGCGCCCGUCGUGAUCCUACCAGGCGGAAGAUAAACAGAGGUAUGUUUGUGUGUAUGCGUUUUUAAUUAUAUAUAGACUAUAUAGUGUAAUAGCAACUCUGAGGGAAAGAAGCUAUUAUAUGAUGAUGGAACCUGCGCAGCAGACGUAGAGUGGUUUGUUUGUUUUUAUUUUAAAAAUUUCUUUACUCUUAACAAAAACGUACACAAUUACAGAACGAGAAACUCACAUUAUAUACAUAAGGAAAGAUACCGAACUGAUUAUGGAAAAUUCACGAUUAAGAUUAAAGGAAGUAGUUUCCUCUGAUAUAAAAGAAGCGAGAACAAAAAUUAAGUUUAAAAAAGAUAUGAAAGAUUAUCUAUUGUCAUAGAUGUGCAUGCAAUGUGUAUACAUGAUUGCACAUGCAUUCAUACAUAUCUAUAUAUAAGUGAAGUAUUUAUGUAAAUAUAUAUAUAUUGCUAGUUAAAUCAUUAAAUCAAAAUUACUAUAUGAAUAUAAUCUUAUCAAUGAUACCAAAUCAACUGUAUUUUAGCUAAUUUUAUUGUAGGAGGACUGACUUGUAAAAGCCCACAAGGGUUUAUCUGGUCCUUCCAGUAUCAAUUAAUUUGAUGUAAAUGUGUUAUGAGAAAUGAAUAAAGUAUACUGAAUUCGAAAAAAAACCAAAAAAAAACAACAGGUUGAUUGAACUGAAUUGUAUUGAAUUAAAUUGCUUUCUAUACUUUUACAUCCAGAGUGUAAUUCAUCCAGGAAAUGUUGUUAUACUAUACAUCCAGUGUAAUUCAUUCAGGAAAUGUUUAUAUAUAAAUUGGUCAAUCCUAGAACAAAAUAUAUAGAUAACCACAAGUUCCCUAACAAUUUGUUACGUCCAAUUUCGAUAGCAAGAUGAAUUCCAGCAACAAUUCACGCGGCAAAUGAUGGGGGCAGUUAAAUAGGCAUACAGUUAAAUAGGUAUAGAGUACGGAUUUGAAAACUGGCAUCUUUAUCAUUCUUCAUCAUUCAUCUUUCCCUUAUUUACAUGUAGGUUAGCUUUAUGAAAUCCCUUUAUCGUUUUGAUUGUUGAUCGGCAAUUUGCAUAUGCAUGCAUAAGGAUAAGCCUUACUAAUACAAUGACGCAUAAAUUUUAAAUAGAGCAGUUCCGAUUUGCUGCUCUAAUCUAGCAGUUUAAAUUUUGUGAAGCGCAAACGGAUGGGACACAUGCUGGAACAAACUUAUGCCACAGAACCUUGCAAGGACGUAGGCAACAUUACAAUAAAAUAAGGCAUAGUACAAAACAUGGACUGGACCCAAAAUUGGACUCAAAAUUGGACUCAAAAUUGGACCCAAAAUUGGACUCAAAAUUUUAGCCAAAAUUUUGCCCAAAAAUUCAUUAUUUUAUCGGAGAGAAACAACCCUCAGAAUAUCGUGCUUUUAUUUAAUUUGUAUAGGCAGAAAACUUCACGUUCCAUCACUUUUCCUUGACCUAUCUAGCUAUUUGUCUUCCAAAAUUCUAUAUUCUAUUUUCUAAACGUUUUCUAGGGUAUCUCGUAAAUAAUAAACCUUUAUGAAAUAUCUUUGCGCAAUGGUCACAAAUACAUCACAUCGAUAUAAAUCAUUCCCGAUCAAUAUAUACAUCAAUAUAUAGUUAUUUUAUACAUUUUGUGUCUGUAUAUAAUACGCCCUCUAUAUAUCGGAAUAUAUAUCCUCUAACGAGUAACAAGUAACGAGUUCGCAAAGUUUGUUUUGUCCAUUAUAUUCUAAUAUUUAUUGCAAUUAGCUCUUUGUGGGCUUAUCAUUAUGCGGCACAUAUGGUAUUUCUGUUUGUCAAAUAUAGACGUCUCACGCGUAUCGCUGAGGAUGGUUCUGAAACAGAAUUGAAACACUGCGCGUUAAGAUAAGCGUUAUGCGUCACGAAAAUAUUUCGUGCACUUAAAUUGGAUAAGACUCGCUACCAAUCCCUGUUGACUCGAUAGCUCAAUAGGUAGAGCGGCGGUCUAGAUACCCGAAGAUGCGAUUUCAAAUCCUGCUCGAGCAAACGAAUUUUUCGUUGCUCGAUUGCAGUGUCAGAUUAAUAUGAAACUAUUUUUUCGUAUCUCUGAGGAUGGUUCUGAAAUACAAUAUACAGGGUGUAUAAAAAAACGCAAUCCUCGACUGAAAUGUAAAUUGCUAAACAAAUAAUAGACGAAAACGUUAAAGUUUACAUUCAUUUUAAAGCGUAGCCAUUCAGCUUUCUAACAGUGGGUUGUUUCUUAAAUUUGACUCAUUGAUUCGCGAGUAAUAAUACUUUACGUUAUUGCGAUUGGAGAUUAAAAAAAUUGAGAUGGAAUAACAAAUCGUUCUCAUGAAAAUAACUGAUUUUUUCAUUAAAACAAAAAAAUGUUGCAUUUUAUUAAAUGGAUUGUAACAGUAAGUAUAAUUACGGUUUUUCUUCCACUAUUUUUAACUCAGUUUGAAACGUCAAAUGCGAUAUAAUUUUGGCUUGGACCAUCUAAGCUGACUGACAUCAACUUGCUAUAAUUUCUGUUUACAUUACAUCGCAAUUCGAUGACACUCUGGCUCAGACACCAGAAUGUUUUGACGAUUUUUAGUAUUCGUUUGGGAUUUUCAAACAACCUGGUCUCUUUUAAAAUAUUUUUAAUUUGUUCUUACGUGGUUUUCCAGAUGUAUAGUGACGACAACAUUAAAGUUUAAAGAAGAAAAUUCUAACAUUUAAACCGACUAAACAAUAACAUAGUAAACUUGCAUAAUUAAACAGCAACUAAAAAUGGUAGGUUUUACUAAAUCUUUUCCUGUGCAAUUAUUACUAGCAUUGGAGACAAGGAUAAUAGUUUGUUUGAAAGAGAAAAGAACAGGCUUUGAAGUAAGCCUAAAAGCGUUUAACUAGAAAUAGUAUUUCGAAAGUUUUUAAGCACAAAAGAUGAAUUGCGUUUAUUUUGAUACACCCUGUAUACAUAAUGAUAAGCCCACAUAUAGCUAGUUGCGAUAAAUAUUAGAAUUGGACAAAACAAACUUUGCGAACUCGUUACUCGUUAGAGGAUAUAUAUGACGGAAUAUAUAGAGGGUGUAUAUUAUAUACAGACACAAAAUGUAUAUAAUUAGAAUGACUAUAUAUUGAUGUAUAUAUUGAUAGAAUGAUUUAUAUCGACGUGAUGUAUUUUUGUGACCAUUGAGCAAAGAUAUUUCACAAAGGUUUAUUAUUUACGAGAUACCCUAGAAUUCAAUGGCGUGCUGGGUACAAUUCUUCUGGGGGGCAGUGGGCUAUCAACCAAUAUGCGCCCCUAUAAUGUGACGCUUGAUAAACGAGGGCCGAAGGCACGAGCCGAGCGCCGCAGGUGCGAUGUGUUCCUCGGGGGGUCCGGGGGCAUGCCCCCGGAAAAUUUUUAAAUUUAGAGUUUCUGAAAUGCCAUUUCCUGGACUUUGGGGGGAAGAUUUAACAGAAAUCUGAUGGUCAGGAAACGAGAUUAUAACGAGUCGAAAUUUGCAAUUUGGUUAGAAUUUCCGUAGAGGAACUUAAAUUGGUACGGUAUCAGUUUUACUAUAAAUCUUUAUUUUAGAUUAAUUGUGGAGGAAUAAAGUCACUCGUUGAGUAUAUUUGUAUAAAAUAUUUUGAUUUAUAAUAAACGCCGAUCUCACUAAUAACUUGUAAUGUUUUACUAAAACGGUGUGCUUGCACUUUAUUCAUACGAAUCUGUCAUGUUUUUUUGUCAAAACAUACAAAAAGAGUUUUAAAAUACUAUACAGUAUAUCACUUGAUAGUUAGUACUAUUUUUCACGUGUUGUAUCGAAUGUUGAUAACGUCAAGUAUUGCCCAUGUCGAUCAAUCGAUGUUCUCCAAUGUCUUUAAUGUUUCAAUAACCAUUGUCGAUUUCUAUAGCAUUUCUAAACAUUUUCAUAUAAGCGCCUUCGACAAUUCUGAUGUCAGACCUCCAAGGCGGUAAUAAUCUGCUCCUUUUUCAAAGACAUUAAAAUCUUCCGUUCAGUGCCGGUCAUAAGUAGCAAUGCUUCAAGUUUUUCUUGAGACAAAGACGAACGUGUGCGGGUUUGAUUGGAAUUGCAACUGCGAUCGCGUAAACUUUACAAAGAGUUGGAAAUGCAUCAACUAGGUGGUAAUCAGGAUUCGACAAAAUUCUCAGAGCUUCUAGAAAUGAUUGUUUACCCUUGUCCUUUGGUUAUUCAGCAGUUCCGUCGUCGCUUGACUCGCUGCCGGUUUCUUCUUCGUAGUCUUCGGUUUCAGAUUCAGAACCGAUCAGAACGAGUCUAAAUCAGAAUCUUUCUCUUCUUCUUUCGGUCUUCAUCAAAAAUCACUGAACACUUCGAUUUUUGAAAAGAUUCUGCAAAGUUGAGCAGUUCAUCUGCACAUCGGUGGGAGUCGAUGUCAGUGGUACACCAUGCCGUUUAAGGUUUCCUUGCCUGGCUGCCAAAAGGGCGCGCGUUUCAGCAUUAUCUUACUACUCACAUUACUCGAUGAGUUAUGAUGUUUCUUGUUCAAACAACUAAAUUGCGUACACAACUUUACAUUAUCAUAACUAUCUAAUUUGCGCCGCUCUCGUGAUUCGUGAAGCAAUAUAAAGGCAUAAUAUAAGGGCAUAAUACAAGCAAAAAAAGGGCAUAAUUCCCGUGAUCGCUUCGAAACCUGGCCAAUAUUCCGGUAAUGCCACAUUGCGUGUGAUCACUGAUCAUGUUUCUAUAUGAACGAUUUCGUGUGAGGUAGCAAUACUGGCUGGUUAGACAAAAUAGUCUGUAAUUUAAUAUAUCACUUUGUCGCCUAUGCGCUCAGUCUGUUUAUAAGCCUAUAAACACAUUUUUUCUUGGUGGAAGUAACUAUAUUUUUUCAAAUGCGUUUUUUCCCACCCACUUUCAAAAUUCGGCGCAGGAUCGGCGCCCCCUUUUCAUUUUUGCGCCCCCCAAAAAUUGCCAGCGGGGGAGGCCGUGGCCCCCCGCCCCCCCCCCUGCCAUCACGCCACUGCCCUAGAUAGCGUUUAGAAAAUAGAAUAUAGAAUUUUGGAAGACAAAUAGCUAUAGAUAAGUCAAGGAAAAGUGAUGGAACGUGAAGUUUUUUGCCUAUACAAAUUAAAUCAAAGCGCGAUAUUCUGAGGGUUCUUUCUCUCCGAAAAAAAUAAUGGAUUUUUGGGCCAAAUUUUGGGUCCAAUUUUGGGUCAAAUUUUGAGUCCAAUUUUGAGUCCAAUUUUGGGUCCAGUCCAUGGGUCCAGUCCAUGUUUUGUACUAUGCCAUAAAAUAAUGCGAUUAUAAAGAACACUUCGGUUGCUAUUGUCUGUACUGAGUCAGUGGUCAAUAUAUGUACGAUCGGUAUGAUGAUGGAGAUUAGCAUGCCAAAAUUGGGGAUAGUUUUAUUAUUAAAUUAUCAAGUCAUCUGUGUUCGAAAUGUACCAUAUAAUAUUAUACAGUGCGCAUCGUCGGAUGAAAACAAGUAUAUCACUUUACUGCUCUGUCGGAACAGGUUUCUAUAUGAAAUGUACGUUUGUAUUGAUACGCCGCAUAUUAUAUAGAGAAUAAUACAUGGGUGCGCGGAAAUACCAGAUUUAUUUCGAGUGUUGAACAUGAUAUCUCACGAGUGAGUGCAGCGAACGAGUGAGAUAUCAUGUUGAACACGAGAAAUAAAUCUGGUAUUUCCAAGCACCCAUGUAUUUUUCUGUUUAUUAUAUAAUAUACAAAAUUCAGUGAAAACAAUAAAACGUCCGUGGCAAUGCGUUUUACAACAAAUGAUAUUUUCACACGUAAAAAUAUCGUAUAUUUUUAAUACGAUUUUUCUCAGUGGCCAAAAACUCUAUAUAACACUUAUGUUUUAGGCUAUAUAAUAAUACAUAUUUAUUACAUAUCAGUGACAAAAUAUCGUUUUCGUACACGCUUUAUGUCGAAUUUGUGUCUUUUUUUGUCGAAAACUCUUAUAUAUAAUAGUAAACACAGAGUAAAACGCUGCAAAUCAUACCCGUGCGGUAUUACAAUUGUGAGUAAGACCGCCACGUACGUUUGAUGAUGCUUCACGCUUGGCAUAUGGCUAUGGGUUAUUGCCUGCAUGAUACGGUGCAAAAAUCAAAAUUAAAAUGACGAAGAUUGAUCACCUCAGAAAGCGCAAAAAGCUUAAUAUAUUGUGUCCGUUAACAUCAAAUGGAUUAUCGUUUGGUUGCAUUGCACAUUGCAGUAGGUGGAGUCUUCAUAGGAGGUGAAAAAAACCCAUGAAAAUGUGAAAUGUAUACAAGUCAAACUUAGCUAGUCCGUAUGGAUCGAUUUCACACUGUCAGCACGUAUUUAUUAUUAAGUUUAUUAAGAGCAUCAUAAUUGGAUAUUUUCCAUAUGAUAUAAGAAUCUCCCAUAUCCCAUUCUACCGCGUAUAAAUAAUGAACUUUCCCUUAUCUUAAAUACAGUCACUCAGUCAGAUCAGUGGACAAUAAUUUUUUCUUAGUGGUGUGCCAAAGUCCGUUCAAGAUUGUAAAUCGGAAUUAAACUUUCUCUACAGUAAAAGAUGAAACGAUAAUUCUAUUCUACUGUGUUCUAUUAGGGUCUCUACCGUGUUCUAUUAGCAGUAAAAUUAGGGUCUAGAAGAUUUUCUCAUAUCAUUACUUAUACAAGUGAUUUUUUUUAAUUACACCUUUUGGGGCCCCCCUUUUUGCAAAUUUUGCAUUGGUCCCCAUUUAACUGUGGCCCCGGGGCAAAUUACCCCAUCCCCCCCCCCCCACCACUUCUGGGCGGCCCUGAGUAAAAUACUUAUUAUUUUCAUAUUUUAUUCUUGUAUUUCAGCACCUCAAACAACAACGAGACCUCCUGCACAAGUCACCGGUAAGUUUUAUAUUAAUCUUUCAAUUUUCUUUAUUUGAAAAGACUACGUUUUGCAUCUCUGUGCACGAAUUACCCUCACAGUACGAGUAUUAGAGAGUUUUAAUUUACACAUGCAUGCAUUUUUUGCUGCAAUUUUAGCGCGAUUUUGCGAUCUUUACAAAUUAGCCCUCUUGUGCUCGAAUUUGUUUCCAUACUUCUUCUUUCAUUGGCCGUUGCCGAGUGAGAUUGACGUAUUACAUACGAGUUUCAAUUCAAAUACCUAUGAAACGUUUGUCGCAAGCUAUACUCCUGCAAUUGAAAAAAAAUAUUUUUGCCUGUUUCUAUACUUGCACAUAUGGCAUAGCAUCAUGCCUGGCCCAAAGAGUUGCCCGAAGAGCAGGCUGCAGUACUACAGUAGUUAAAAAUGUUCCUUGAGAAUAUCCUGCGCAGAACGAAAGCCCCCAAAACAACAACAACAACAACAACAACAACAAUAAUUAAAAAUAGCUGUCCCUAACGAUCCCCAAAUGCACGAUAUGAACUACUGUAUUUGAGUUAGGAUUGAACGUUGGGGCUAGAAAAGGAAUAGACGUAGAGUUAGCGAAAGGUCACAAGAGUAAGGAUGAUGCCAUGGUUAAUACUAGGAUUAAAUGUCAAAUGAGAUUGUUAAUUUAGAAUUGCUCUGUUAAUUUUGAGGUACAAGUACAACAUCAUCAAAUUUGUUCCAAAUUCAAAGUUCAGGCUAUAAUAAAUGCCUGACAGCAAGUUAUGUAAGACGACGUGGGGUUUACAGAAGAACAUUCAAUGGAAAAGGAUACGUGUACUCUUACCAUUAUGUAGUCGCAACUAGUGUAGCGCUAUCAUUGAGCGGCUGCUACCUCUCCAAACAGCAGAGCUGGCGCUGGACAUCAGAUGGACGUCUUCAGUCAGAUUUAAAUCAACAAUGUCUUGCCGUGACCCGUGUUAACAUAGACCACGGGUAUCGACGUAAAAUAUACGGAGCAUCACUGCAACCUUGCAAUUCUACUACGAGCGAUCAAGGUUGGGUCUGUAAUGGUGGUUUUUUAAAACUGAAGAACAAGAAUUUGUACCUUAUACCAUACAUAUACACUGGCAACCCAGAUAUUGGUGGUAUUUUAAUAAAACCCAGUGUGACCAACAGCUGCCUGUGGGCACGCUAUGGUACUUCGAAAUCACUCUGUGGAAAUGGUAUGUUGGUCUAUAUGUAUAAUACAUAAUGUUUGUGUACUAAGAUAUCCUAAACAUAAUGUUGGUUCUCAUUAUCGCCAGCAGCUGAUAUUAUCAAUCAGAACUGACUGAUGAGCUUGCUGAGCCAUAUCUUUGGUUUGAUUUUGUUCAACUAAAUUACUUAAAAGUACCACCGUAGCAAAACGGCUGGUGCUUCCUUUCGCCCGAAGAAAAAUGUCAUAUUUUUAUGCAAAUGCAUUCAGAAAUGUACGGGACUAUAUUCUUGCGCUUGUUGCUAUCAAAGUAGGAAACAAUUAUUAGCCAAGCUCUGCAUAGUUUAUCGUAGAACAAUCAGAUGUUACCAUUCUCAAGAUAUAGAUUUUACGAACUAGGUUACCCACAGGGCAGUAAUGCUGCCUUUGACAGCAAAAGACAAACUACAGGCUGUUGAACGAGUCCUUCAGAAACAUCCUAUUAUUGUUAUCCUUGUUAACCCAUUUAUUGACAGUACCCUACCACUGACUGAGUAUUAAAAAUCGUCUGGCGUUGGACAGGGUAAAUACUAAAGUAGGGACCAUUACUGUGUUGACGAAUUAACAAGAGCCAUUGGCAGACAGGUUUGUUAACCCAUUUACUGGCAGUACCCUAUACCACUGACGAGUAAAAUCUUCUGGCGUUGGACAAGGGAAGGGCGCAUUGCCAGCUAAUGGGAUAAACCACCGUGGUUAAACAUAAGAUUUCAUGAUGCUCCAGGAAAUGUAAACAAGCUAUCAGUGUGACAUCCCAGUUUAUAUAUUUAUAUACUCGGAAUAUUGAUUUAUCGGUAUAUACAAAAUUAUUUUAAAGUAUAACAACCAGCGAAGACGUAAGCCACUAACUACCCUGCGCGGCUGCGCGCAGACUAUAUAAUGACAUAUAUAUGUCAUCCGUCCGGUCCGUCCGUCGCCAUCCUUCCGUCAGUUAUUCAUCCGUCCGUCCGUAUCCGCGUUUUAUUUAACAUUGUGUCUCACUAAUUAAAAUUUGCGUGUUUAAUAAUGUUUAUCAAAGAAAGCAAAAAUGUAUACAAGACAAUCUCACAUGUGGAAUUUUUUCACUUACGUACUGCCUUGUGAUGCAGUACAAGUACAAAUACAAAUGACAAAGCAUUUGUAAAUUCUAAAACAUAAUUAAAGCAUACGGCACAUUUAAGAUUUUAAUAUCGUAUUUCAGCCGCGUUUAUACUGUUUGGCGCAUUCGCUGCGUUAUAUUCAUUUAUAUACACAGAAAAGCAUGUCAUUGUCCUUGCAGACCAUAGGCAAAAAGCAUUUGUCAACCACAUACCAAAUUUAAGCAAUCGUUAAAUCAUAUACAUGUCAUGGAAAGAAUAUGGAAAUAAUGUUGAAUGAAAGCUAGCAUCGCGUAUAAUAUUACAAGCACCGCAUAUUAUUAGUGCUCGAACCACUGCGUAUAAUUGCAAAAGCACCGCGUAUAUAAAUGGUGAAAGCAACACGUAUAAUACUGGAACCACCGUGUAUAAUGCCGAAAGCACCGCCGUAUAAUGCUACAAGCACCCAACAAAAUGCCGUUUGAUCACUUUAAGCCAGUUAUGGCUUUCCAUAAAAGAAGACCAAAGAUGAAAGAUGAUCACAUUGCCUGUUUGCCUUAUGCUUGACCGCGCUGCACCACGGUUAAAAUUCACUGGUACCGUCAUGCAAUGCGCCAAAUAGAAAAUUUUGAUUUCGACCCACAAAACAAAAUUAGGAUCUGCUGCCUUGCUCGCUCGCUUCAGGCUCGCUCGCUGCGGCAGCAAUGAGGCAACAUUGUCGAAUUUCUGAAUGUUUUGCAGGAAAAUAUGGCACGUUAUUUUGCAUGACAGGAAACAUCCGCUGUUUUCAUAAUAUAAUGAAAAAAAAAAGCAUUAUAUUAUUCAUAUGUAUAUAUUUAUAUAUUUCAGCACCUCGAACAACACCGACACCUACUGCACAAGUCACUAGUAAGUUUUACGUGAACUUCCUUAUUUAUUUGGUGGAGAAGAACACGUUUACCGUCCCUGAGCCCAAACCCUCACCAGCACAAGUCUUAGAGUCCUUAAGGCACAUUUACAGUGCUUCGGUGCAUUCGUUCGUUCAUUGAUUAAAACUUGCUCUGUUAUAAAUGACUUCGUAAUGGUCUGGGAUAUAAUGAUACUAAUAAUAAUGGGUUUAGUACUCGGGUAAAUUACAUUACAUGACGCUACUUCGGACGGCUCCUUGCAAUGGAUGAACCAUACCGAAUCUUAGUUUGCAGCGAUAAUCAAUUUGCAUGUGCUAUAAGGAAAUGAAAAUAUGUGUCUGAAGCGAUAAAUUGUAAAAAUGUGCUUGAUUAACAUUUGUUGCGAGAAAUUUUUACUUCAAGACAUUCUCAAUAGGCCAAUCCUACGUAAAAAUGUGGCAGAUUCCUUAACUGAUGUCUCCGUCAGAAUAAUCAGACGUCGCCAUUCCCAAUAUGUAGCUUUUACGAGCAGCUAACAGCUGGGAAAUUUGCUGUCGCUGUGCAGAGAAAUUGCUGGCGCACGCGAUAUUUUCCAAAAAUUCGAAAAUUUGAAAAAACAACACGAGUGAAAUUUCAACUGAUGAUUUUGCAUUUUUAAGACGGCGAUCAAGUAAAUUAAAUCGUAGGAAAAACUUCACUAACAUCUCAAGUAUGGAAAGCAUCUACAUUAUAAGCAUUUUAAUUUUGGAUUGAUUCAAAAUUCAGGCGAUAAAGUUACAUAGCUAGGAGUUGGCUUUUGUGCUCUUCGAAUAUCCGUUUUCAUUCGCGGAUUACCACAACUUGUUGGUCUCAUGGGUGCCAAAAUCGACAUAAACGUAAACCGGUAACCAAGAGCUAUAAAACAAAUAGCUUUUCAAAACGAUAAACUUUAUUCAGUCAAAAGGAUGAGGGUAAAUAAACAUGCAACCAAAUCCAACAGCAAUGACAAUGUAAAAAAGUUGUGUGGCACUAAACGUAAAACAGCGUGGAAUUGUCUAUAAAGUCAGUGAUAUACCAAUAAAUCCAUAUGCUGUCAAACCGAAUUGCUAGAACCAACAUGUAAACCUACUGGCCAAAUAUUUGAUAAAAUCGACUUGGGAUAUGAACAAUUAAUACCAUUUGGCUUUCGAUUUACGUAUUUGCGUCGCUCUUCAUGGCCAACUAUUGGUUAUAAUGGUCAUAAUAGCCGAGCCAUUUAUACCAGCAAUUAUAACUCGCGGCUUUAUUUCGCGUAGGAAGUCGAUUUAUGCCUAAUAAGGUCAAGGGUAUAAAAGCUAGUCCAAAACAAUCUAUUACUUAAUGUAAAUUUGACUGUUUGUACGAGUUGCUCGUGACGCAUUUAAGCUGCAGCUUAUUUAGGCCGAGGCGUUAGACUCAAAUCAUUGCUCUUUUACAUGCUUCAAAUGUCGGGGCUUAACUCGAGCGUCGAAUGUUUUUAGUGACUUCGAGUUAAGUCCCUCUUUUUUCACGGGACUUAACUCGAACUUUCCAAGUUGUGUUUCUUUCUUCGAAUAAAGCCCUUGACGAAAAUGGGUGCGGUUUGGGCGUGAUCGGCGCUUAACUGGAAAAGGACUUAACUCGAAGGGCUUUACUCGAAGAUUACCUACCUCCUUAAAAAAUGUGUCAAAUUCUAAACUGAAAAUGUUUUAAUUGAUGUCUCCGAAAAAUGUUCCGUCGACAACGACAAUGGGAAUCUCAGUAUAGUUUAUCAUAGAAUAAUCAGACGUCUCCAUUCCCAAGAUGUAGCUUUUACAACGUAAGCAACAUUGUCGAAUUCCUGGUUCUUUUGAAAGGAAAUAUGACAGGUUAAUUCGAGUGAGAGGAAGCGUUCGUUGUUUUCAUAGUAUAAUGAAACAAACAUUGCAUUAUAAUAUUCAUAUUUGUUUAUGUAUUUCAGCACCUCAAACAACACCGACACCAGGGGCGGCGGAACAGAUUUCAUUUUGGGGGGGUGCUAAAUACAGGAAAAGGGAUGAAAAUAUUUUUUGCGGACCUAUAACAAAAAAUUUUUCCGGACAUACACAAUUUUUAAACAAAAUAUUGCAAAUUUUCCCCCUUAUACCUAAAUUUUCAAAAAAUACGCAAAAUUUUUCCUUAAUUAUCAAACUUUUUCCAGAAAAAACAAAAUUUUCUGGGGGUGCUAAUCCCCCCACUUUUACCUCUGCGGGGGGGGGGGGGGGGGGGGGGCUUUAGCCCCGAGACCCCCUGUUCCGCCGCCCCUGACCGACACCUACCACGCGAGUCACUAGUAAGUUUUACGUGAAGUUUUAAAUUUUCUUAUAUGUUUUGUGGACCACGUUCACCAUCCCUGAGCCCAAAUCCUUACCAGUAUACAAGUAUUACGCCCGUAUACUAAAGGCUCAUUCAAAGUCACACUCAAUGAGUGGAAGUUUAAUCUGAGCUUCUCUCGAGUGUCAUUGCUGUUUUUGAAAAGCUGUAGGGCUAGUUUCAUACCUGACUAUGUCACUAGUCACACUCCGGCUAUUCAAAAACGGCAUUGAUACUCAAGAGAAGCUCAGAUUGAACCUCCACUCAUUGAGUGUGAAUGUGAGUGAGAGUGUUUAAGGCCGUUGACACUUGCAAUUUUUGCUGCAACUUUAGGCGUGAUUAUCUUCUUCUUAUGCAUGUAACCUCGGUGGAUAAGUUAUGAAUGUCAUAACUCAUCUAAUCAAUCGUUUACAAGCAUCAAAAGUUGAAAAUUGCACCAGAAAUCGCAGCCAAAAUCGCUAAUGUAAACGGGAAUUUAGAUUCUAGAAAAACUUAAUUUCAGUUACUAACCCUAGUCAAAAUUAUUUAACCCGCAUAGCUAAUUUCUCUUUUACAGCAGUCACAGCUCAAAAUCAAUGGUUUCAAAUUAAAAAUACAGCUUAUAACAAGUGUCUAGCCUUGCGAGAUAGGCCUAAGUCACAGUUGUCCUACGGUUUCAGAAGAUUGACAUUCACACUCGAUACCUGUGAUCAGAACUCGGCAAGACAGUUAUGGCAAUGGACAAGUGACGGUCAACUGAAGUUAAAUCACAACCGAAAUUGCCUGACUUAUGACGGGUCAAUAAAGUCGAUUCAUUUUCAGCCAUGCACGGCGUCAAAUCGAAACCAGCAAUGGUUAUGUGUCGGAAAUAAAUUGAAGCUAAGGUUCAAUACACAAUACUUGGGGACGGUUUUAUCUACAAUAUCAAGACGAGGCAAUACGUAUUAUGUUCAUAUGGGUUACAAUGUCUUGACAGGGUGGUACUGUCCUUACGCUAGUUGUACUUGGUCUCAUUUUCGAACAGGAUUAUCUAUUUGUGACAAUGGUAUGUUUUGUAUGAAAUACGGUUGGAUUUCUAUAAUUUUAUUGCCAUGGUUAAUGUAUAGGAAGCAGUCUAACUGCAGUCGUUGACAAAACGGAUGAGACGGCCCACGAAAUAUAUAAACGUUUAUGUACAGUGUAUGCGCAAUGCACAAAGGACCUAUUUCCUAAUGAACAAAAUUUUGAUCUAGACAAGUCUAGACAAAAAUUUCAUCACAGCUUGAAAGAGCGUCACAAAAUUAGCAAUAUUCCGAAGUUUCGUUUGGUAAUGUUGUAAAAUGCGGAUAAUAUACCCCUGCGAAGUUUGCCGUUUUUCAGUCAUUUUGUAUUACGCGCGGGAAAUUGAUACCUUUUUUCAGAAAGCGGUAUCAAUUUCCCGCGCGUAAUACAAAAUGACUGAAAAACGGCAAACUUCGCAGGGCUAUAUUGUCCGCAUUUUAGAACAUUUUGCAACGAAACUUCGGAAUAUUACUAAUUUUGUGAUGCUCUUUCAAGCUAAACUUGUCUACUUUUGUCUAGAUCAAAAUUUUGUUCAUUAAGGAAUAGGUCCAUUGAGAACUUUAGGAACUCCUAGUUUGCAGAAGCAUAGAAUCAAACAAAGAUGACUAAAUCCUGGUUUUCAUGUGGCCGUAUAACGGUCAUAAAGAUUGAGUCACGAUCUUUCUCAUCAGCCGAAAUACAACAUUUGAGAACUGAAAAUACGCGGACUGAUUAUAACCAUAGAGAAUACUUAUGAUUUAUAUGUGGUUUACAAGAAGUUUUGUAAAACUAAAAGAACAGAAUAAACUUUUACUUUUAAAUUUUUUUAGCUUUUAUAAAUUUUAACGAAGAUGUAUCAUACGUAAUAUUAUGUAAAUAAGUCGUUAAUUCAGUAUUAAAUAUAACAAAAGUUAUAAAUAUUUCUAGGGAAGGCAACAACGACGACAGAUGCUAUGACUACACAAAUUAUUUCAACCCAAACCUCGACAACCAUAGUUACUACCGCUAAUACACCUGCAACCACAACUAUCCCAUCUACAAUUCAGCCGCCAGUUCCACGCACGGAUGACAUAGGAACGCCACCUCUUCCACCAACAGGUGCACUGAUACCCCCACCAAACCCUGCAAAAACACCCCCCGUUCCACCAUUUCCCGCAAACACACCCCCCGUUGUCACAACAACCAAACCACCCCCACCGCAGGGGAAUAAAAAGAUACGGUGUGGAACCAAAGACAGAAUCGGUGGGGUAGUAAAUGGCACAAGAGCAGCAGCUGGGAGUUGGCCGUGGCAAGUCGGUAUUAAAAAAUGCGCCCAUUGUAAUAUAACGUGUGGUGGUGCGCUGAUAAAUGACGAGUGGGUAGUUACCGCUGCCCACUGUGUAUCGCAGUCGUUCCCAAAUGAGUUGUAUAUCGUGAUCGGGGAAGUAGACCAAUCUACGAAAUCUGGACACGAGCAAAGAUUUAGAUGCACAAAAAUAAUUGUUCAUGAGGACUAUGGAGUUGAUGCGCCAUAUGACAAGGACAUUGCCAUAAUAAGAUUGGAUAAAUACGCCGUGUAUAACGACAAUGUGCGUCCACUCUGCAUGCCGGGAAGCGGGACAGUGUUAACAGAAAAUGAUUUAUGCACGGUCACAGGCUUUGGACGUGUUACACAAAAUGGCGUGAAAUCUGCGAGACUCUUAGAGGCUAAUGUGAAGAUAGUAAAUUUCAAUACGUGUGUGAAGGUAAUGUUCUAAUCCUUACCACUGCAUAUUUGGCUUAUACUAAAAGGUCCUAAAAUGUUGAUUGGAAAAUGUUACUAGCUUGAAAAUACGAUGGUCUUCCGUUUUUUCUCCAUGUUUUUGAAGUAGUAAAACACGCGCAGGAGUGUUAUUAAAUAUUAAUUAAUUAUUGAGUGUUAGUGAGCUUAUAAGAUACAACAAAUCUACGACGCGGUCGUGAUUUAAAAACCGUUGCUAAUGUUUGGAAUCCAGUUUUAUUUUGCUUCACUUGUGUCUCUGACUUUGUUUACCAACUGGAGGCCAUCAUUUUUAUCCGUGAAGUGAAACUGUUGGAAUAGUUACAGUUUUACUUCACUUUCAUUAGAAAAGAAUGCGUGAAUGAAGAUUACGGUCGAACAUGCGUUUGGGCGGAUAUCGAUACCAAAUAUUCGAUAUAAUCUUGGUGUGUGCCAGUGUAGGUAUAGUGCAUAUAAUAACAAAAUUUCGUUUGUAGGGGUAUUGGAAAUAUACGAUACCUAGGUCCAGAACAAGUAGUAUCGACAUUGCGUUUUGGUCAAGCACACACUGCAGACAAGUACGAAGCGUAGUGAAAGUUUAGUUACUUAUAUUACCGAUGAUUAGAGAUUUGCCACAUUUGACUAAAUGAUAUUUUGUCAGUUACAGGAAAAGUGCAUUCUGUUCUAUCGCUUAUUGUUAUAUGCUUAAAUUGCAGAAAUAUCGGUAUUGAUAUCGAAAUGGGAAAAAAAUGCAAAUAUCGAACUGGUAAUCCAUCGACUAAAAAAGUGAUAUCGCCUAUCACUGAAGCUAACAUCAUGACUGUAGGGUUUGCCAAAAUAUGAUACCGUUAUCUCCAAUUUUUCUAACAUUUUAUGUCAUUUUGUAGACGUACGCAAGCUUGCUGAAUCCCAGAAACGUUACGAGUAACAUGUUUUGUGCCGGAUAUAAGAAAGGAGGUACGGACGCAUGUCAAGGAGAUAGUGGUGGUCCGCUCACGUGUUUUGAUCGCAGCAACUCCAGAUUUAUCCUUGGUGGAUUGGUGUCUUGGGGCAUAGGUUGCGCACAACCAGAUCAUUAUGGAGUAUACACCAACACAGCAUUGUUUACCCCAUGGGUGCAGAAGAAACUUGCUGUCUUUGGAUAUUAGACUUUCACGUUCACAAUAUUAGCCUGCCCGCUGAUCUCAAAAGUAGGAAUGAAUAGAGCAACCUUUCUAAUUUACGGAAUUAAUUUUGAAGCCAUAAUAUCUAUAAUGAGGAGAGAUUUUCAAAUCUAUCACGUUCCUUACUGAUUAAAUUAGUUAUGCUAUGAAGAAAAUUUGUUCUUGUACCUAACUUGAAAGAUAUAGCUUCCCAGACAUCUUCUAAUGAGUUUUAGAAAAUUUUGAACAUGAGACAAUUGAGACUUAAGGUGGCCAUAUUGAUGUGACAUCAUUAUAACCUUUUCCUUUCAAGGCAAUAUCUUUUUAUUCCAACCAAUCUCAAAAAAAAAUUAAGAACCUCUCCUAACAUGUCAGCAACAUGAUUGCGGUGGUUACAAUAAUAUAGCCGCCAUUCGCUUUUGAAAUCAGUGAGCCAUAUUCACGUGUAUAGUUAUUAGUACUAGAUUGUAGUUUGGAAAAGAACUUGCUGCUUAUGGAUAUCAAACUUGAGGGGUUACACAAAUAGCCUGAUUAAAAAAUUAAACAAAUAUUAGAUUUAUACUCGCACUUACAAAUAUUAUAAUGGGGCAUAUAAGGACAUUAGAUUCUAGUUAAAUAGGGAUGUAUUAACGAGUGGAUUUCACAAAAUUAACACAAAAUUUUCAAAAUAAACAUAGAAUUUGCAG